AUGCCAGUUCCAAGCCGUUCUCGUGUUUAUCCUGAUAUAAAUAUUAAUAAGCCGCGUGAAUAUUGGGAUUAUGAAUGUCAUCAAAUUGAAUGGGGGAAUAUUGAUGAUUAUCAAUUAGUUCGUAAGCUUGGUCGUGGUAAAUAUUCUGAGGUUUUUGAAGGAAUCAAGGUGCCAACUGAAGAGAAAGUCGUCAUCAAAAUUCUUAAGCCUGUGAAAAAGAAGAAAAUUAAACGUGAAAUUAAGAUUUUGGAAAAUCUUAGAGGCGGUGUCAAUGUUAUAUCACUCUUGGAUGUGGUCAAAGAUCCAGUUUCAAGAACACCUUCUCUUGUUUUUGAAUACAUCAAUAAUACUGAUUUUAAGCAAUUGUAUCAGACGCUUUCUGACUACGAGAUUAGAUAUUAUCUUUAUGAGUUAUUGAAGGCAUUAGACUAUUGUCACUCUAUGGGAAUCAUGCACAGAGAUGUUAAGCCACACAAUGUGAUGAUUGACCAUGAAAAACGGCAGCUUUCACUCAUAGACUGGGGUCUUGCUGAGUUUUAUCAUCCCCGACAGGAAUAUAAUGUUCGAGUUGCUUCAAGGUACUUCAAAGGGCCAGAGCUUCUAGUCGAUUAUCAGUGUUAUGAUUAUUCUUUGGAUAUGUGGUCAUUAGGAUGUAUGGUUGCGUCUAUGAUUUUUAGGAAGGAGCCAUUUUUCCAUGGACAUGACAAUUAUGAUCAGUUGGUGCGAAUUGCAAAAGUGUUGGGAACGGACGAGUUGUUUGAAUAUAUUGACAAAUACCAGAUUGAGCUUGAUCCACGCUUUAAUGAUUUGUUGGGAAGGCAUUCUCGAAAACGUUGGGAACGGUUUGUUCAUUCUGAAAAUCAACAUUUGGUUACGCCCGAGGCAAUUGAUUUUCUUGACAAACUUUUGCGAUAUGAUCACCAAGAUCGGCUUACUGCUCGUGAGGCAAUGGAGCAUCCGUUUUUCUAUCCUGUUGUAGAGGAACAUAGGAAAAAGAUGAUUUCUGCUACAACGUCAACUAACAAUAUUGAAAAUUCGUGCCUUGCUUCUGUGGCUUCCCCGUCACCUAAUGAUCUUGGUAUAAGUGGUAGUUCAAUAGUUGGUAGUGCACAAGUGCUCAAUGAACACUAG